AUGGCAGUCCCACAAGAUAUGACGUUGAGAACGCUGAACGGAAAGUUCACUGUCAACAGAACAUAUUCAGACUCACUCGACAAGUUGAUGGCCUUGCAAGGCUUCCCAUACCUCAUCCGCAUGGCAGCCCGCACGGCCUCCUUGACUCUUAGCCUGACCUCUAUUCCCGUUUCGGACUCUCCAAGUGGCCCUUCUAAGAUUAAGAUCGAAACCGCUAUCUCCGCCGCCGGAAUGUCCGUGGGAAAGGGCAAAGUCGAGGAGCGCAGCAUUGACGGCGUACCAUGGGAGGACGUCGAUGGUAACAUGGGUCCAAUUGUCGGACGAGCAUGGUGGUGUCCUGUGUCCGACAUAUCUCUGAACUUCGUUGUUGAUCCCGAUGCCACGGCGUUACCUUCAAGUCCAGAGCUGUCCUUUUUGAGAGGCUUCGAUGGGAAAGAUACUGGGGACAAGGACCUGAAGGAUUCAAAGUGGUGUUUGAAGGAGGGCGGUGAAGGAGUACAGGCUGGAGACGAAAUCGUGAGAUAUCAGAUUGAGGCGAAGAAGUCGGGUGCUUUUUCUGACCACUCUUGGGGCUUCGAGACGGGAUUCGGUGAAGGGGACGAGAAGAAACAGAGGCGAUACACGAGACGUGUGUUGGCACGAAAGGGCGGGAAGUUCGAGAUGGCCAGAAUGAUAUUGAAGUCGAGAGCAGUAGAUACGGAACGCAUGUUUUGUAUACCGUCCGACGAAGAGAAGCCUAAUGAAAGACUCUCACACUCCCAAUUCUCUGAAAAGCGCCAGAAUGGUGUUGUGGUCCGACGGGAUGAGGCUCUAAACAAGUUGAGCACUCAUCAAGGUACGAUGAAAGAGCAACGAAAUGCCAGGAGAAUGCCAAAAUGA